AUGGCAUUUGUGAACGUUGCAAACACGCGCAUCAACAGACUUGAUUCGCUGGGGUACAGGCACCGCAGUUGGUCGCACGCGUUUCCGCAGCGCCGUGCGUGGAGUCGUGCCAGUACACGUCGUGCACAGUGCGAGGCGUCACUGGUUGCUCUGAAACCGUAUACGUCAUACCACCUGGCGCGUUGGUUGGCCAAAGAGUGGGACAACUACGACCAGCACUUGGCAAAUCCGCCGUUUUGGGCGCACAUCAGGGUGAGUUACCGGCCCCUACCCUGGGAAUUUUUGGAAGGCCACGCCUUUUACGUGGAAUCGAUUUACACCUAUGCACCGAAGCUUCCGUAUCGGGCGACUAUUAUCAAAAUCACGCGAAAUAGCGACGGUGCGUUGGAAACGGAGUCCUACAAAGUCGAAGGCGUUGAACAGUUCUACACGGCUGCUUUCGAUCGCAGCAAGCUCGCAGAGCUCGUUCGACAGGCGCAUCCCCGGCACACCAAUCGAUGCGUGAAAUUGCCGGAAGCAUGCAAUGCCGUCUUCGAAUGGGUCGAAGCCGAACAGCUGUACCGAUGCAAAACUCGACCUGGAUGCAAGUGCAUGGUACGACGUGGUGAUCGCGACAGCUAUCUCGAUGCACAAAUGACGCUCUCGGAGUCGCGCUGCACGGCACUGGAUAUCGGCCGUUGCCCACAAACGCAUGAACAGCUCUGGGGGGCGGUGGCAGGGCCGUUCGAUUUUGUGGUGCGAAAGUCGUGGAGCGACGAGGUGCCGCUGCCACCGGCUGCCAUGGACUGGUGA